CCACCAAAUACGAAUAACAGGGAUCCACUAACCGAUAGACCUAAAGAGGAGGCCCCGGAGAAAAGGGCCGGAGUUCCUAGUUAAGAAAAGGGUUAUCCUCCUGCACAGAUGUAUGCUCCCUAUUCUCUAAUCAGGCAGAUCUCCUUCCCAUAACCCUCUAAUCAACAUGGCACAGCGCGUUAGUAUUAUGGAACAACAUGUUGGGCACAAGAAACCUUCUCCUAUCCGUGUGCGUGUUGCCGUCCGCCUGAGGCCAUACAUGGAGAGUGGAGACAAGGUGCAGAAUAUCUGUGUGAGAGGCCUGGACUCUCAUUCACUGGAGAUAGUCAACUGGAGGAACCAGCUAGAGACUAUGCAGUACCAAUUUGACUCCUUUUAUGGUGACAAGGCUACGCAGCGAGAAGUCUACAUAGGCUCAGUGUCACCAAUUCUCCCUCACUUACUAAAUGGGCAGAAUGCAAGCGUGUUUGCAUAUGGACCUACAGGGGCAGGGAAGACGCACACUAUGUUGGGGAGCCCAGAACAGCCUGGUGUGAUCCCUCGUGCAGUCAGAGAUCUAUUCCAAAUGACAAGAGCAGAAGAAGAAAGCCCUGCAGGAGAGAAUUGGUCAUUCACUAUAACCAUGUCUUAUGUGGAGAUUUACCAGGAAAAGGUAAUGGACCUUCUGGAGCCCAAAAACAAGGACCUCCCUAUACGAGAAGACAAAGAUCACAACAUCCUGAUCCAAGGCUUGACUCAGAAAUCCAUAAACAGCUUUGCAGAUUUUGAUGAGAUUUUCAUCCCAGCCAGCAUGAACCGCACAGUGGCCUGUACCAAGCUGAACAACCGAUCCAGCCGCAGCCAUGCUGUUCUACUCAUAAAGGUGCAGAAACGCCAGAAAGGGCCACCCUUCCGGCAGCUGACAGGAAAACUGUACUUGAUAGACUUGGCUGGUUCAGAAGAUAACCGUCGCACCGGGAACAAAGGAAUCCGUCUGAAAGAGAGCGGCGCCAUUAACUCCUCACUGUUUACUCUCAGCAAAGUAGUAGAUGCCUUGAAUCAGGGACUGCCCCGUAUUCCCUACAGGGACAGCAAGCUAACCCGGCUCUUGCAGGACUCUCUGGGAGGAUCUGCGCACAGUGUAAUGAUAGCCAACAUCGCUCCUGAACAGAAGUAUUACUUUGAUACGCUGACCGCACUGAACUUUGCUGCUAAAUCAAAGAUGAUAAUCAACAAACCUUUCAGCCAGGAGACAACACAAGUGUUAGCUCAUCCCACCAUGAAAAGACCGCGGGAGGAUGUGGAGGCUGCUCCCCGUCAGCCAAAGAAAUCCAAAUUUGAAAGCAUCGUAGAGGAGUCAUCUCCUACAGAAACGACACUGAAGCGGAAGCUUAAGCUGGCAUCGCUAGACAGCACAGUUGUUGAGAGGCUGCUAAAGCUCGACCAGAUGCUCUCCUCAACGGCCUUGACGGAAACAAAGCUGCUGAACACCCCCAAGCGGGAGCGCCUAGCUCUGAUCAAAAAGUUGGAGCAAAGUCAGAUGGAGAUAAAGAUAUUAAAAGAGAAACAUAAGGAGUAUGAACAGCAGAUAGCUCAAUCGUCUGGUCGGCUGGAGAAAUCCACUAGCUCAGAUUGUGGCCUUUCUGACUCCAGUGUCAGUGAAAAUACAUUCAGGGCCCCUCUGAGGUGUCGCAAUACAUCGAUUAAAAGCAGAAAGGUUCUCCGGGUCCAGCCCUUGCAGCAAAGCAACCAGCUGCACAGCACACUGGAUGAGGGCAUCCCAAUAAUCAAGAAGACUACUUUGACAAAGAGUGACAACCGUGAGAAUGAGCCUAGCUGGGAUGUUAAUUUGCGACCGGACCUGAUGGAGAGUGGUCGUGAGAAAAUACUUAACCUGCUCAACUGCGGCACUGUGAAAGAAUUGAAAUCUCUGCAAAAAAUUGGAGACAAAAAGGCGAAACUCAUUGUGGGCUGGAGAGAGGUCAACGGACCAUUCAAGCAGGUGGAGGAUCUGUCCUCCAUGGAAGGAAUGUCUGCCAAAUUAGUAUCCUCGUUUAUAAAGGCAAAUAUCUUGUGCAUCGCCAGCUGAGACGUGAUCGUUUGGAUUCUACAAGCCGUUAUUUUAACCCAUCCACAUGUAAUCUUACUGUAUCUCAUGGCUGCCGGAGAUCUGUAGGCAAACGCUCUGGAGCAACUUCAAACAUACGUCCGGAGCUGAUUUUAUUGUCCUGGAGCUGAUUUUAAUGUAUUAUAUUUUUUUUUUUUAAGACUGAAUUUUAAUUUUUGAGUUCUUGGCUCAAAUGAAGGUUUGUGAGUAGCAGAUAAUUACUUGCAGAAACCACUUUUGUAAAUAGAAAAUAAGACUUUAAAAUCACUCGACAAAUUCUUUUUGCUCUUAACACCUUGUGGGUGAUUAACCCCAAGACUGCCAGAGGAUACUAGAAUGCAUUGUCACGCAGUGUGUUGUACGCCACUCUGGCACCCAUGGGGAGGAAAUGCUUUUCAAGCUGCAUAAGUUCUAAAACCUUUUUAAGGCUGUUCCAUAGCAGAACUGAAGUGUAUAUUCUACUUCAGCAUUUUACGCCCCCUUGCAGUUUGUGCUCGUGCUAUCAAUGAAAUACGAUGAGGGCAACUUGAGUACAAACUGCCAGGGUGAACCUGGAAAAGUUGUGUAAAACAUAGUAUUUAUUUUUGCUAAGUAUGAAGUUAGCUGUGGUUUUUGAUCAGGUGCUUCAUAAAUUUCAGUUCUGUUAGCAAAACUAGCUUUUUCUUUGUAUCAAUAAACGUUUUUUAUUUAAACAUA